AUGGACACUAUCACCUCGACAGCCAGGUCUCUCAAGCCGGAGAUGCGAGCUCCUCGCAUGUCGCAUCUUCAGAGCUCGAACGAAGGACCUGCAGACAUCAUAGCAAAGGUCUCCGGCUACUCUUCUGGAGGCAUCCGCGCAGAUGACAGUCCAUACUUCACCAACGAUGAUGGCAUUCCACUUCCGGACCCAGCACAUUCCAAGACGAUCGGCGGCAUACCAGUGGCCAGCGAUGUUCAUCUCUUCCAGAAACAACAGCGCUUCAACAGGUCGAAACUUCUUGAACGCAUGGUACACCCAUGCGGAUCUGGAGCGUUCGGCUUUUUUGAAGUGACUUCCGAUGUGUCCGACUUGACGAAAGCAGACUUUCUGCAGCGUGUGGGCGAGAAGACUCCAAUUUUUAUUCGGUUUUCGACUGUCACUCUGGGUCGAGAGUUUCCGGACGAGGGACGCAACCCACGCGGCUUCGCUAUCAAGCACUAUACGAAAGAAGGGAACUACGAUCUCGUGGGCUUGAAUUUCCCAGUAUUCUUUUGCCGUGACCCCAUUCAAGGUCCCGAUGUCAUCCGCAGUCAAGCCCGGCGACCAGACAACUUUCUUCUCGAUCGCGACGCCACUUUCGACCUGCUCGCCCUCACUCCGGAAGCCAACCAUGCUGGCAUGAUGUUCUUCUCCGACCAUGGUACGCCUGAUGGAUGGACGAACCUGCAUGGUUAUGGUUGUCACACAUUCAAGUGGGUGAACAAACAGGGAGAGUUUGUCUACAUCAAGUAUCACUUCAUCGCAAAGCAUGGGCGCAAGGACUUCACGUACCCAGAGUCGAUACGCAUAUCUGGAGAAAAUCCCGACUACAGCAAGGAGCAGCUGUGGGAGUUGCUCGAGCGCGGCGAGCAAGUGGAAUGGACGUGCAAAGUUCAAGUCAUGAAGCCAGAGGAGGCAGACGCCGAGAAAUUGGGCUUUGACCCAUUCGAUGUAACAAAGAUCUGGCCCCGGGACCAGUUCCCGUUGCAAGAAUAUGGUCGCUACGUGCUCAACAAGAACCCAGAAAACUUCCAUCGCGAUGUUGAGCAGGCGGCAUUCUCUCCUGGAGCCAUGGUACCAGGCGUGGAGGACUCGCCGGAUCCAUUGUUGCAAUUCCGCAUGUUCUUCUACCGAGACGCCCAGUACCACCGCAUCGGACCAAACUACCACCAGGUCCCCACCAACUGCCCCUUCAUGUCCGGCUCCUACGCCAGCUUGAACUUUGACGGACAAUUGCGUGUUGAUGGCAACCAUUCUGGCAACAAACAAUACGCGCCCAACUCACUCGGCGGUGAUCGCUUCAGACCGGACGUUGCUGAAGCUCCCUACAAGGUCUCGGACAACGUCGUCUCUCGCAAGAGCCACUACUACCACGAAGGCAAGAUGAGCGACUACGAUCAGCCUCGCGAGCUGUACCGCCGCGUCAUGUCCGACCAAGAUCGCGAGAACCUGCACUACAACACUGCGGUAGACUUGUCCAAAGUCAACUACUCGAUCAUUCAGAAGAAGUACCUCGCUCAGCUGUACAACAUCGCUCCAGAGUACGCGCAGGCCGUGUAUGAGAAAUUGAAGUUCAAGCAUGAGGGGCAGGAAUUCCAGUUUUCGGAGGUGGAGAAAUUGGCGCCAGAGGCACCAACGUGGUUCAGAGAGCCCAAGUUCCAGCCAACCGAUGGAACGAGAUUGACGGGCUUCGCACCUAGUGCGCCUUUCUACAACUAG